AGCUCGUUGUCGUCGUUGUCGGAGUUCGAAAGAUCGUAUCCAUCGAAGAGAAGGUACCAACAGCAAAACCAGUGCGCGCGUGCGUGAUCAGCAGGAGCAGAAGAAGGAAGUUCGGAAGCGCUGACUCAGUGCGAUCGAGUGCGCAUUACGAUUACGAUCCGCGGUGUGUUUUAUCGGUGUAUAAAGUGAGUGAGUAGCUGGAUGGUGGUGUUGUGGCGUGUUUUUUUAGGCCCACCGGUGGUAGCGGAUAACCGUGGAUAGCCGUAGAUCGAUACCGACGAGUGUGAAGCUUAAAUUCAAAUUACCCCGGUGCUGACCAGCGCAGAAUAGUUGACCAUUUUGACAGCUAUUAGCGAAUUCGGUCUGUGUGUGUGUCUGUGUGUGUGUGUCUGUGUGUGUGUGUGUGUGUCUUGUGCCACUUUCGCGAAAUUUUUGUUGUUUCUGUUUUGUGCGACGUCGGUCCGUUCUGUUUUGGGCCAUUUAUGACAUAACGAAUUGCUGUGACAAUAGGCCUGUGGCCCGGUUGUCCCGGUUUGACGGGACUUGGCAACGCCGGGAGAAUUCGGUCGCGCCUCUGAUCGCGAAUUGGUAGAUCAGCCGGACCACCGGGGGGGAAGCGAAGGGGGAGACAGACCCAAAACACAACAGACAGAACAGCGCAACAGGAAGGAAGCUAUCGAUCGUCGUCUUCUCAGGCCACGGCAGAUAACGUUACUUUUUCGGCUAAACCCGGGGAAUAGAACGGGACCUUGGGACGGGGAUCCUGCGCAAAGCAAGCAACGACCUACCUUCAAUCCAACUCGCCCAGAACCGCGUGACCGCGGCCUGCCUGGGCGACCUGGGCGCACAACCAGACGAGAAAACGAUCCAAACCGCACCGCAGAUUCAAGAUGUCACGAUCAAAUUUCCAGCGCUCGCAAAGCAAAGUGUGGUUCGGCAAUGAACCAACGAACGGCAGUGGUUUCGGCAGUGGACCGACGAUGAGCGGAUUUCGUCCGUACAGACCACCGACCGGGUACCCGUUUCAUAUGGGCACCAUGGUACGGACACAGUAUCCCUCGUUUCACGAUCUGGAGGAGGAAGACGAAGAGCUGAUCGAGGAGCAGCAGCAACGACCGGACCAGAACCGGAGUGGCGGUACGGCGAACGAUUGGGCCGAAGCGAACCGACAGGGAAGUCCCUCGAGUCACAAAAGUCAGGACUCUGGAUUCUCGGACACAGAAACGUCCCCGAACGCGGCCGGUGGACACUCGAAAUGUAGUCUCAACGAAUCGCAAUCCCCGGAACAGCUUACACCAAAGAGAAGUAUCGAAGACGAAUCACCAUUCCAGCGAUCACCGUCGCUGAACAGCGAGGUACCGACACCACCGACCGUGAUCCGACGACCGACGGUCGCAGACCGGAGAGAGGAAACAGAAGAAAACGAUGGUGAUGAGGCCGCAGCACCCCACAAUGGCCGCCGUCUAUCGUACGGUGGACCGACGAAUGAAGCAAACGAAAGUGAAGGAGGAUCGGUGGAGCGUGAAGAGGAAUCUAGUCAAUCCGGUGCGACCAGCCCUCGGAGCGGUGGCAGCAUUUCGCUGAAGCGUGGCCGCGUCAUUACCAAAAACAGUCGCGUCAAGCGCAACCUCAACGAGCAGCUGAGCAACUCGAGCGAAGAGAUGAUUUCCCUCGACAGUAGCGAGCUGACGAAUCUGCUCAACGAAUCGUUACACACCACCGGUGGCCCACCGGCGGAACAAGCGAACCAGCGACAGCAAGACCCGACAGCAGCGUGGACACCGAAAGGUAUACUGAAGACGUCGGGCACACGGACCGACUCGGGCGAUCAGGGCGAUGCGUUCCGGCGGGAGGGCAAAGAGUUACCGACCUAUUCGCAGCUCUAUCCGGCCGGUACAUCGACACCGAUCAAGCAUCAAUCGAAGCUGUACCGCUCGUUACCGCUCUCCCCGUCACACCGAACACCGAACGCGGCCAGCAGCAGUCCACCACGGGUAGUGCCCACGAGGCUCGGUGCCCCUGCCGGUAGUGCCGUGGAGAGUUUCUACGAUGAACCGGAUCACACCGCAGCCCACAGUUCACUCACGGCCAGUGAGCAUGCCCUGAGCUACACGAUCUACGACAAUCCACUGCUCAAUGGACACAUGCCCGCGGUACAGCAUUGGCUCGAUGGGUUACGGUUCGGGUGCCAGAAUGAGGUCAUGUCGAUACUGCAGACCAAAUCGAUCGCCGUCGAGGCGGGCCGUACGCUGAAGAUGACGUCCGGGGUGGCGGUAAAGAUACUGCGCCACCUGCAGACGAAGGUAACGACCCUGCAGGGUGCGUUCGAGCGGGUCGAGAAGCUGUUUGCCGCCAUCAAGCGCUACCAGACGCAACCAGAGGCGGACGAGCAGGAUGAGGAUGAGCGGGAGGAGGACGAGAAAGAGAUCUACCAAAAGGUGGCCCCGUUCGUGCACGGGCUGGCCAGUGAUAUCUACGAGUUUGUGGUGAAGCAGCGGGCGAACGAUUACUUUGGUCGAGAGCCGAGCGAACGGGAUGAUCGGCGGAAGUACGCGGAGAACAGUCAAUCGUUGCUCGAUAUGGCGACGGAUUUGCGGAUAGCGGCGGCCAAUGAGGACAGCUUCGAUUACGGCUCGGUCGAGGAGGAGAUCCAGAUCGUGAAGCGCUACUUUCUCAUUACCGUGCGGUUGAUCUUCAAGAGUCUGGUGAAGGUGAUCGUGGAUACGAUCGAAAGCGCGAAAUGUGAUCUGCUUCUGCGCUCGAACCUGAGCUACGUGGCGAUGCUGUCGAACGUGGAUUACGGUGGGUUGGCCUCGCUGAAUGAUGCCUUCAUCUCGAACUACACGGCCCGGGCGUUGCUGCUGGUGUGCGUGGAAUCGAAGUUCUCUUCGAUCCGGGCACUGGCGUUGCGAGCGCUGGCCACCGUUUGUUCGACGACGGAAGCGAUCCGCCAGCUGGAGCGAGCCGAUGGUUUGGAGAUACUGAGGGACAUUAUUGUGACGGAGCAGCGGAAACCGGCCAGGCGACAAUCGCAAUACCUGCCGCAACCGGACCAGGAACGGAGCGAACCGGAACUGCGGGAAGCCGUCUCGGUGCUGACGCAGAUUACGGCCCCGUGGCACGGAGAGGAUCACCGGUUGGAGGGCUUGAAGCAGUAUGUGCAUUCGAUCGUCGAAGCGAUUACCGAGAUAAUCGAGAAGACGACCUGCUGUCAAACGUUGCUGCUGUGUGCCGCCUGCCUGAACAACAUGACGCGCAUCGAACCGACGGCGGUCUACUCGCUGAUGUCCCAGGAUACGGUCGGCAAAUUGAAAUCGGCCACCGAACACCGCGGUCCCGGUGCAUCCAUCUUCCUCUACGAACAAUUCACCUCGAUGCUGUACAACAUGUCGGCCAACUGGAAGUGCCACCAUCAUCUCGCUAACCGGCCCCUGGUGGCCUUCCUGGUGGCGCUGUUUAACCGAAAGUUCUUCGAGAAACCACCGACCCGGACGGAAGCGGAAGCACAGCGCAAAACGAUGAAGAACAUCCUGCACGUGCUGUCGCGGCUGAUGAGCGGUGGUUCACUGUCGGCCAGCUCGUCCUGUGAGCUCAUCGAAUCGACCAUCGUGCCCGUGUUUGCGCGCCUUGAACGCACGCUGGACGGUGGCCACGAGCACUACCGUGACAUCUCGUACAUCAAUCGGCGAUUGAAUGAAAGUCUCUCGUCUCGGGUGCCUCACGUCACCUCGCCGACGGUGGAAGGUGAUGGAACGAAAGAUUCCUCUUCGCGCCCGACGACGACGACGACGACGCCGGCCCUGAUCGAUGAUGUGGUUGAGCCACCGGCCAGGCACAUCACCCGGCUAACCGUACAGCGUGAUUCGAACGGUGCGCCGGUCAUUAUGCUGGAUAAGAAUCGACAGGAGAGUUAUGUCUAGGGUGAUUGGGAACGAUUGGACUCGAUUGGCAGGAAAUGGGAACACUUGUUCUGCCGAUUUGAGGGGGGGAGGGUGGGCUGCCGAUUGAAUUAUUGUUCAACUGUCCAAAUGAACGGAGUGGUGUGCGUUGGCGACGGCGCGUAAGAACGAAUCUAUGCAACGCUCGAACGAAGCGGUUCCCAUUUGCCGCAUACGAACCAUACGAAUCCAUAGUGCCAUAAUGUUACGAACAGUGUUUGAAGCGAACCGAAGCGAUUGGACGAACGAUAGCAGCAGGAGAAAAUGGUAGAUCUAUGCGAUCCCUUCCCCGAGUGUCUACAAGGUAGGUACCGGAGGUCGGAGGCGAAUGUGAAUGGUAGGACGGAAUACGUUCGCAAACCAAAAAAGGAUGGACUGAGAUGAUUGAAUGACAAGCACGCCUGCGUCAUGCGUGUGCCAUGGGAUGUGUGUGUGUGACACGAGAUGAUCUAAUAUAUUCUUCGUACGUUUACUGUUGUAAUUUAUUUUCGAAAUCAAUAUCGUUUAAGGAGCAGUAAGAUAUCUCCGGAAAAUAGAGAAUUGUUCAGAAGAAACGUGGUUUUCAUGACACGGAAAGAAAGGCAUCUCAGGGAAAAGGGGGUAACAAUA